GCCGCCGCCCUGCGCUCGGCGACGGUGCCCGGUUUCGCUCGGGCAGUCUCCGUGUUUUCUUUCGCUGUUGCGUUGUCCGUCCCGCCUGCCCGGUGUGUUCUGCAGCGCCGCCCGCCCCUCAGUAACUUGUCUGCAAACUGUUGGUCAAGUCUUCAUCCUGUUAGCAUGUUCGACAGUUACAAUGUUAAGCUCUACCACAGCAAAGCUCUCACCUCCCCGUAUCCAGGAUCACGUGUUGAGCGUAGCCAAGUUCCUGAAGAUAAAGUGGGCUGGCUGAUUGAGUGGAAGGAUUAUAAUCCUGUGGAGUACACUGCAGGGUCUGUUUUGGCUGGACCCAGCUGGGCAGAUCCCCAAAUUGGUAAUAAAGAUUUCUAUCCCAAAUUCAAUGAGAGAGAUGGAGAAGUGGAGCGGAAGAGUCUGAAUGGCUUGUAUGUGGUUGAAAACGGGAGGCCCCGAAAUCCGGUGGGAAGGACUGGCCUCACAGGCAGAGGAUUGUUGGGGCGCUGGGGACCAAACCAUGCUGCUGAUCCUGUUGUAACUAGGUGGAAGAGGGAUAGAAGUGGCAAUAAAAUUGCUCAUCCAGUUACUGGCAAAAACAUCUUACAGUUCGUAGCUAUCAAGAGGAGAGACUGUGGGGAGUGGGCCAUUCCAGGGGGGAUGGUGGACCCAGGGGAGAAGAUUAGCGCUACCCUGAAGCGAGAAUUUCAGGAGGAGGCCUUGAACUCCUUGCAGAAAUCGCCUGAGGAGAAAGCGGAAUUGGAGAAGCAACUCCACAAGCUGUUCAGCCAGGAACACUUUGUGGUGUACAGAGGGUAUGUGGAUGACCCUCGUAACACUGAUAAUGCCUGGAUGGAGACGGAAGCUGUGAACUAUCAUGACGAAACCGGUGAGAUAAUGGAUAAUCUGCCUCUGGAAGCAGGUGACGAUGCUGGAGUAGUGAAGUGGGUUGACAUCAGUGAGAAGCUCAAGCUGUAUGCAAGUCAUAGUUACUUCAUUAAGCUUGUGACUGAGAAAUGGGGAGCCCACUGGAGUGAGGAUCCUGGUCCCGAGUGCUGUGAGUGAUGUAAACGAGGAACCGACAGGCACCAAGGGAAGAAUAUGUUUUCCAGCUUUGAAACAGAUGACGUUGUCCUUUUCAGCGGAAAUUCAGUAAAAAUUCUGUGAAAUUCAGCUGGCAAAAACACUUGACAGUGAUAAAUAAAGGCUUUUUCAGAGACUUCAGAUUGCCGCUUUUGUUUUCUCACCUAGU